CUUCCUCUUGCUGCCUCUGAAGGGUCUCAUAUGGCGUCAUCACUCAACUAAAGAAGAACUAGAAGAUCUGUAGCGGUUCUUUUUUUCUUUCGAAAAGGUAAUACACAAGAUGUUCGUUGAGGUCCUUGAAUCUUGAGAAGGACAAUGUUUAGGUAACCUCAGAGUGAAUCUUUAAUCGAGUUUAUUGGGCUGUUAGUUAGAUCGAGACAUUGCGUGACAGUGCUUUCAGCAGGAGAUUUUUUGGCGUUCAGUCACCAUGGCAGACCUUGGCUGUGCUUAUCCCCCUCCUGCCAUGGUGGGCACCUACACUUCGCAUCCUCCCUUACCGCCCAGAACGCGGCCUCUGAAGACGAGGAGUAUGGCGCGGCCUGUGCUGGUUGCACUGCUGAUUCUGGCUCUGGGCGGCAUGGCGGUGGAGGCCUGCUUCAUCUACGACCUGUACCAAAAGGUGGACCCGAGUGCAAAAGGAGACGCACCACAGGGUCAUGAAAAGCAAAUUCAAGUCAACAUGAGUUCAGAUCCCAUGAAGAAACCCUCAAAACCAAUGGCACAUCUGAUUGGUGCAAGUAAACCUCGCAAAGAUGGAAUCAUCCUUUGGGAAGUGGAGGAUCGCAUGGAUGUAACCAUCAUGCACAAAAUUAAAUACGACAAUGGGAAAAUCAUUAUUCAGAAAGAGGGCUAUUACGCUAUUUACUCCAAGAUGUAUUUUAAAGAGACACAACAACGCCUGAUCCUACAUGAGGUUGUCAAGACCACACCACGCUACCCAAAAGAAAUAGUUCUCCUACGGUCAAAAAGAUUCCCUCCCAAAGAUACACAUGCAGGUCAUACAAAUAGCUACUUGGGAGGAGUGUUCCAUUUGUUUGAAAAAGAAGCUAUCUUUGUCAAGGUGAAUAAUCGCACGGAGGUCACACUUCUCCAACCAGCAGACAACUACUUUGGCGCUUAUAUGGUGUAG